GUUUGUAGGGAUUUAUUCAUUUUUCUAUGUAUAUAUUUACAGCUUUUGUCUCCAGUAUGGGCACACCGAAUGCACUCUAGUGGUGAGCUUUUUGUGCUCAGUCCUGGAAAUAGCGGCCUCAUGGACAAUUUCCAACGCCAACAAUCUGUGUGGAAUUUAGUGAAGGAAAAUGUUCCCAGCUCUGAGCUUCCUGAGAUCCGAGCAGUACUUGGAGAUGCAUUGAUUGAUACGUACGCAGAGUUGUAUUCAGAGGUGGAGAUGUGGGAGAAGAUUUGGCUGGAGCUCCAUUACUCAGAGCAGGGCAGCAGGCCAGAAGCCCCUGUGUUCCCUCUGGCUGACCCCCCGGCUGUUAAAGAGUUGCUAAAAGCAGAGAUUCAAUUGUUGCUGCUCACACUGAGGGAAAAAGCAGCCAGACAGGGCAGGGAUGAAGAGGAGGUCAUGGCCCUGUACAAUCCUAGUGUGGUGAGUUACGCAUUGAGCAGCAGUAGCACACAGAGACAGGGGAGUCCAGGCAGCCGGUGUGAAAAGAAAUCACCUUCCAGACCCCCAUCUAGCCAGAGCAAGAUUGGAAGCAGGUCAAUCUCUAGCCUCUCGUCUCACUCCAGCUGUGAGGAAGAAAUCAAGGCCUUAAGACACAAGUUAAACAUCACCCAUAUAGAAGAAGUCGUGACCCAUCUCAGGUCAGUCCUUACCGAAGAAUCUGAAGCAUUGAAAAGAGACGUGCGGGUCCUCCAGGGAAACCUUGAGACUGAGAGAGCCAAUACCCAGACAGAACCUGUCUCGCCAGAACCCACCCUAGCAGAGCUCAAAGAGGAACGGAGACUCAUUCAGAGGGAUCUGAACGUCAAGAGUUUAAUAAACUGCUCCUACAACACAAUAAAUCAGAGUACCAGAAACAGAAACCUACAAAUCCAUGCAAGGGAGAUGAGUGGUCUUGCUUUGUCUGCAAAUGAUUCAGAAAGACCAAAACCAUCAAACGGAACAGUUCCCCAUUUGAAACCAUGUCCGCCCAGAGACACAAACCACAUCAGGAGCGAUGUACCACUAAUAAGCUCUUCAAGUGCUGAAUCCACGAGCCCUACUUCUGCUUUGGAACAUGGGGACAAAGGUUGCAAGCACAGAGGAAAUUCAGUAAGAGCUUCAGCAUUCAGACUGGUGCCAGCAGCCACAGUCAGAGCAUCAGGAUCCGUCAAAGACUUCCUCCUAAAGAUGGAGGUGACCAGAAACGGUGACCACCUCCAGCCCGCUCCCCCUGCAGUGCAGAGAACAGCCAGCAGGAGGCAGAGGGGGAACAGACACCCGUGCGUUCCUCAGCCCAACAGCCUGCUCACUUCUCUUUGACAACAACUGGAUACUGCUCUUCAUCGUUUUGUUUUGUUUUUCAGGAAAAAGCCAUGGCCCUUACCCAUAGGAAUAAAACACAAACCACAAGGUGAUCUUUAAAAUAAACUUUAUUUACCAUUUCAAAUUGAACAGUUUAAGAUAUACAGCUGACAUGACUAAGACAAUUUCAAUGCAGUUUGGCCCUAAAAUGGAAAAGACAUGGUUAGAUAUGUUUGAUAAAGUACUGAGCUCAUGUCAUUAUUGUGCUUGUCUUUUUACUUCACUGUUUUUAUAUUGCCAUGAGCACACGGGUACACACACACACACACACACACACACACUAUUGUGAUGACAUCUCUUCUUUUAGGAUACAGGACAUGGGAGAGAUAUGGGUUUUAUUUUUUGCAGUUAUGUAUUAUUUUCUGUUGCUUUCAAACACGUAUACAUUUUAAAGUGCUGUAACAACAUUAAAAUACAUGAUGCUGUUUUGAAUAAACACUCCGGUAAGUAAAUGAAAGAAUUCAGUUUCAUUUGAGACACAGUGUGCUGAUUCUGUUUAUAGCUUACUUUAUACAGCCACAAAAUUGUGCUCAAUAGACAUUUCCAUCUAGAACUUAGAGGUUUUUAUGUGCAUAUAUUUUUGUUUUGCUCGUUAUACAGCCCCGUCAUGUCAUUUGAAUGUGUAUUCCAUCACAAUUCAUUUACAAACUAAUGUAAAAGUGUUCGGUUCUUCUUAGAAACACAUUUUUUUGCUACCCAAUAGCAGAUUGACA